UGCGGCGGGAGAACGGGAAGCGUCGAUCAGAGAGGAUGAGGCGAAUUGGGGUUUCUUAUAAGAAUGGGCUUGUUACGCCGACCUAGAUCUUAUCAACUAUCAACAGCCGGCUCAACAUCUGUUUCACGAAAAUCCAAUCUCUACCCCUGCUCCGAGGACACGAACAAAAGAGACAGUACACCGAAUACACUUCGAAGUCCUGGGCCAACCAGGUUGAACCGCCACCCGCGAAUCGCCAGACACACCCAAUACCCCCUCUCCAGUAAAGCUGGCCCGGACACGCUUCACCAAUCACAGCAGACACGACAUGUGUUACUGGUACAAACACGAUUACUCCUGCAAACACGUGACGUACGCACUAGGGCGCUACUGCUCGGCAGCAAACCUCAUCCAGACACCCUGCAAGAAGCGGAAUAUCUGGCAGACGAUCAGGAUGGGCGAGGAGUGUGAGGAGUGUGCUAUGCCUGAAGGUCGGGGGCACGCGGCAGGGUAUGAUGGCGUGCCGGAGCAGCAGCAUAAGGGAGGUGUUAAGGCGAAGAAGGGGAGGAAGAGGUGAUCUUGGAUUGUAGGGGUGGAAAAAAUGAGUUGGAAAGGGUGGCCUGCUAGGUGGCGUUCGAGAUGGGAGGAAUUGGGUGGUGUGGAUGAUUGUGCUUCAUAUGUAGCAUAUAUUUGGGUGCCAAGUCUGGUUUCCCAUGUUAUUUCAGGUCCUC